AUGUCUCUCAGUCCUGGCAAUAGUACCGGGGAUGGUAUGUCGGAUGUUCUUGCAGGGUAUCAGGGAUCUGAUUAUAAGAACGAGACCGACGCUUUGGUGCGAAUCGAGACGGCCAACGAGAGCAAUUAUGAGGAGCACACGGAUGCUUCAACAGAACAUGACAUGAAGCCGCUGCCUCUUGCCCUUCGAUCCAGAAGUAGCCAUGCACAAGGGUCGUCCGAUGAGCUGUCCUUCAAGUCUUGUACCGAUCUGCCGGAUGUCUCUUCAGAAUCGAUACCAUCCGAGCCAGGGAAAGAAGACAUCAAAGCGUCUUCCAUAUGCGCCAUUGACUUUGCGCCGCAGCGAGAUGCGGUAACGAAGGAAGCAGACACUCACUCUUUUGCGACUGGUGUGCACCCUUUCCGUGCUAGUUUCGCACCUCCGCCUCGACUCCAAACGUCCAACCUAGGAACGGUGAUCUUGAAUCAGGGCAGGACGAUUGUGGAGGCACCCUUGUCCAAGCCCCCUUCUGCUAUGCUUCGCAAACAGCCUCCUAUACCGCGUCGAGAAUCCAGCUUUUCUAUCGUAGCGAGCAAAUUGCGGACUAGCUCCAAGCAGAGCAUGAAGCAAGGCUCGAUAUCGGUAUCUGGCUCGUCAUCCACGCUGGGCACUACGCACCAGGGGCCAGCGGUACCGCCCCGAGAGUCAAGCACUUCCAAGGAGGCCCAACGUGUGCACGCCGCAGUCUCGUUUUUGAUGCGUCCACUACCGUUGCGCUUUGCCAGGUCUCGGAAGUAUACUGACCAAGAGGAGCUACCGAAGUCAGAUGAGACGGUCCCAUCUGCUUCCAGUUCGAGUCAAGACACGGACGGCGUUAUCAGUCUCAAUGAGAUGACCAGCUCACCGCCGCCCGCCAUGGAGGUAAAGAAGACGCCGCAAGCACCGUCGACCAGGCCAAAAGGUGUACCUGUUGCGAAGACGCGAGCUAUCAGCUUCGACACUCCGAAAGCUUGCAACCCAUCCAAGAUGCCCGGUAGUAGCCCGGCUCCUGUUGCGCAACCAAUCGACAGCCCGGUUCCUGCGAUUUUGGAGCCCUCCUCUGUGUACUCGAUCCAUGACACCUCCUCAGGCUCAUGUGUAGACUCCGCGGAUGGACUUCCGGUAGCCCAAGAGCCUGGCCAUCGUGACAGCCAGACUACGACACACCUCGAUUGGAAUGGAUAUAGGCCUUCCUCCCACGGUGGUGGCCUCCAGCAGGUGUCGCUACGCCCUCUGAGCGGUGUUGGAAAUCUAUUGAAUUCUUUGGGAUCGGGUCCUUUGUCCAACAUCCAAGAGAAUACUACGACCGACCUCAGAUUAUCCGGAUAUAGGUAUCCUGGCCCUACGCGUUAUCUGCCUGACCUGAAGGAGGAGUCGCAUGAAGACUCGAGCCUCAACACGAGUGCCAGCAACCUGAAGAGCUCGAGUUACCGCUUUCCGUUCGGCGCGCCGUCGGGGGUCAGGGCUUCGGGAGAGGAACCGAUCAACUUCUCGGGAAGGUCGUCUAUAGCGUCGCAUCGUCGGAGUGCUGUUGGUAGCAACGUGGGCAGCGCGCUCGGACAGGCACACGGUUUGCCUUCGAUGCGGUUUAGUCGGAUGAAUCUGUUCGAUGGUUUGACCGAGGACCUUGGCCUUCGCUACUCAAGGUCAAUGGAAGAGGUGCCCAAUGCGUCGCAGAGGGUGAGCAGAGGUAGUCCGCGGCCUGCAUCAGCGGGUGAUGUCACGGACCUGCGCCUUUCUCUCGCCGAAUUGAAUGAAGCGGAGCGCUCGGGGUUGUCAAUGCAGCCUACCGCCAUGAUCAACUUGUUCGCGAUGCACCGUGCUCGUUCACCGGAGCUCAUGGCAGAGAUUGAGCGGCUGACCAUACCUUCUGUCGGGGGGCUUACCCAGCGCCUCUCAGAGAUCUUCCCGUCGUUGAGGGAAUACUACAAGUGCGGUGAGCCAGCCGAGUUUCCGAUUGAGGAGGAGAUGGAGAAGCACGCAUUGGAGGAGAUCCACGAGAUCCAUCCGACGCAGAAGCGCUCGUCUGCUCGACUUCGCCCCAUGCGUGGCGUCUCGCACAUGGUUGUUAUCGAAGACGAUCUGUAUGACGAGAUCACAAGCAAAGAGAGGGGAUGUGGCAGUCCAGGCAGUCCAGGCCGUCCUGACGAUGGAGUCGGUGUAAACGGCGCUAGCGAGGCAGACUCAAAUACAGGCAGGCCCCCCAAGGACGACGACGCACCGAGCACACCAACAUACGACAAGACGACUCCGCUCCCAGAGCUGCGAGUCCCAUCACCAGCUGUUCUCCGUCCGCGCUCUCACACCGUCGGCCCUCAAGAGCUUCGCAUCUCAGGGGAGUCCGCUCUUUCCGUAAGAAGGUCUCUGAGGUCGUUUGUUUCUACGCCCACAGUAACCGAGACGCGUCCCUGGAAUUCAGACAAGAAUUAUCCCUGGGCGACGUCAAAAAACCCCGCUAUUGACAUCUCCCUUCCUCGUCCAGCUGCUGCGAGACACUCUCCUCACCCAGGCCCUUCCCACCUCCGCAACAGACUCUCUGACGCGUCUACCACAAGCUCCUUCUCGACAGCGCAGACAGCCACAGCUUCCCCGUUCGGAUCACCGGCCGAUAGCACCGCACACGCGCGUCAUCACCGCUUCAGCACCUUUGGCCGCAACAGCGACCAGCCACACGCAGUCGGUGAACGCUACCCCACCUCUGCCCUGUCACCUCCUACAGCUAUCUUCCGCGACCACCUGUCAGCCUCUGACACUUCUGACGACGAGCACUACGACACCACACGCAAGACUAGGCUCUCGCUCCGUAAGCGCUUUUCGUCAACUCGCAAAGCUACGCUUGACAGCCAAUCAAACACUCGAGCUGGUCGAAGCAAGACCAACGCACAAGACCUCGCCUCGCCCGAGUCGACCAAGCAGUCAACAACCUCACUCCUCCAAGAUCGUGCCGGUGAAGCUCAAGCUUUCACGUCAUCCACCACCGCCAACCGCCAUACCUUCCGUGACGCGGAGGGCAUGAGAGCAGUUGACUACCGCAAACACCGCAUCAUCGACCGCCUCAAGACCUGGUGGCACAAGGGCUCGCACCUGAUCCCCAUCAUGUCUGACACCCCUCCUCAACCCCUCUUCGCCCUCGGACCGAACAACACUAUCCGCUAUAUCGAGCGUCGCGUGUUCCCCUCGGUCCCUCCUGCAAACCCCCCUACCUCACCCCCUGCCCCCACCAACACGCCUGUCAACACCAACGGCAAUGGCAACACCAACGGCAACGGCAAUGGCACCGGUUAA